CUUUCCAAGGCAAUCAAGACGUCGCCCGAACCUUUAGUGUAUCGUAGCAGUGGAGGUAGCUUCCAGAUUUGAUGCAACCACUGUCCAGCUCUCUCGUUCCUCCACUUUUAGAACCAGACAUUACCAUCAAAUGCCGCGGUUAUAAUCCAUUCACUAUUCCAAGACCUCUCGUAACCGUUGACAACCAUGUCUACCACUGACGAAUCUUCCGCACAUCUUGCCGAAUCCGGCGUCACUAUGCACUCCGAUAGUGAGCAAUACUCGGCCGGCGAGGAGCUCUCUACAUCACCCGACUCCAACGAUUCCUCAAGCCCCAUCAUCCUCUAUCAGCCACCGACAUUAUGGGGUCUGGUACGGGGCGCCGCCAUCAACCUGUUUCUGCCGUUCAUCAACGGCAUGAUGUUGGGGUUCGGAGAGCUGUUCGCACACGAGGCUGCAUACAGACUGGGCUGGGGUGGCACAAAGGUUUUCCCACUUUCAAGGCGCACGGCACACGCCAUCGGCCCCGGUGUCGAGAUUCGAGACAAGCCGACGAGGCCGAGACCUGAGUUGCAAGACCUGACAAGUCUGGAAUGACGCCAACUAACGUUGGCGACUGGGCUUAUACACUCGAUGUAUCAAGCGAGAUGCCUGUCCCCAAAGCAGCCAGUCAUGGGAGACAGGUUGUGUCCUUUGCCAACAGUUGAAGACCUAAAGGGCGACUCUGAGUAUCAUGAAUCUGUACAAAUACCCUAGAGAUAAAUCGCAGAUCAGACCAUAGAGCCUGGUUGGAUGUACACACAGAAUGUUGAUGCCUGGUUGCUCGACGCAACACCUAGGUACCUAUAUCAAAGAUCGGAAGUUUUCUAGUACUGUGUUCUGUAU